GGGCCUUGUGGGUAGCAAGGAGUCGCCAGGUGACUGCUAAUGGCGGCGACCGCGGCAGAGCUGUUAGAAGGGGCUGCCUGAAGCCGUCCCAGGUGGGGCGCAGAGCGAGGGCGGCGGCCGAGGCAGCGCCCGGCGAACCCCCUCAGCCGCUUCCUCUUCCUCCUUCUCCUCCCCUUCCGUGCAGCCCCCUCGCAGUUCGCGUUGACGAGGCCCGAACCAGCCGCCCCCCAACUUCGAGGCUCCGCCAUGGAACCGGGGGCGCCGGGCGCGGAGGGCAGCGGGGGCCUCGGUGGCUUCGGAACCGGCCGGAGGCCUCCCCGGCCCGUGGGCGCCCUGGCCGUGGGCUCGAGGCAGCCCAGCGUGGAGACCCUGGAUAGCCCUACAGGAUCCCAUGUUGAAUGGUGCAAACAGCUAAUAGCUGCUACAAUUUCUAGUCAGAUUUCAGGGUCAGUGCCGUCUGAAAGCAUAUCCAGAGAUUACCGGGUUUUCAGGAGGCCUGACAUCAGGAACACCUAUAAAACAGGAACACGAUUGGAGGUUCAGGAAGGACACAAUGGCUAUCAUUCUGAAGCUGGAGCUGAUCAGGCUCUCAGAGAUGGAAAUAAGCUGGCCCAAAUGGAAGAGGCACCACUAUUUCCAGGAGAAUCAAUCAAAGCUAUUGUUAAGGAUGUCAUGUAUAUCUGUCCAUUUAUGGGAGCAGUUAGUGGAACACUGACGGUGACCGAUUUCAAAAUGUACUUCAAAAAUGUAGAGAGGGAUCCACAUUUUAUCCUUGAUGUUCCCCUUGGAGUGAUAAGCAGAGUUGAAAAGAUUGGAGUACAGAGUCAUGGAGAUAAUUCCUGUGGCAUAGAGAUUGUUUGCAAGGAUAUGAGAAACUUGCGACUUGCCUAUAAACAAGAAGAACAGAGCAAGCUGGGGAUAUUUGAAAAUCUUAGUAGAUAUGCUUUUCCUCUUUCCAAUGGGCAAGCUUUAUUUGCAUUCAACUAUAAAGAAAAGUUUCCGUCUAAUGGCUGGAAAGUUUAUGACCCCGUAUCCGAAUACAAGAGACAGGGUUUACCAAAUGAGAGUUGGAAAAUAUCCAAAAUAAAUAGUAGCUAUGAGCUUUGUGAUACAUAUCCUGCUAUUAUUGUUGUGCCAACUAGUGUGAAAGAUGAUGACCUCACAAAAGUAGCAGCUUUCAGAGCAAAAGGCAGAGUUCCUGUCUUGUCCUGGAUUCAUCCUGAGAGUCAGGCAACAAUUACUCGAUGCAGCCAGCCACUUGUGGGCCCGAAUGAUAAACGCUGCAAAGAAGAUGAGAAAUAUUUGCAGACCAUAAUGGAUGCUAAUGCCCAGUCACAUAAACUUAUUAUCUUUGAUGCCCGACAAAACAGCGUUGCUGAUACUAACAAGGCAAAAGGUGGAGGAUAUGAAAGUGAAAGUGCCUAUCCAAAUGCUGAGCUGAUAUUCUUGGAAAUUCACAAUAUUCAUGUGAUGAGAGAAUCAUUACGUAAAUUGAAAGAAAUUGUGUAUCCCUCGAUUGAUGAGGCCAAGUGGCUAUCCAAUGUGGAUGCGACACAUUGGUUGGAAUACAUAAGGAUGCUUCUUGCUGGAGCAUUAAGAAUUGCUGAUAAAAUAGAAUCUGGAAAAACUUCUGUGGUGAUACAUUGUAGUGACGGCUGGGAUCGAACAGCACAGCUCACGUCUCUGGCUAUGCUUAUGUUGGAUAGCUAUUACCGUACCAUUCAAGGAUUUGAGGCCCUUGUAGAAAAAGAGUGGACAAGCUUUGGGCACAGGUUUGCCUUGCGAGUAGGCCAUGGUGAUGACAACCACGCGGAUGCUGACAGAUCUCCUAUAUUUCUUCAGUUCAUUGAUUGUGUCUGGCAAAUGACAAAACAGUUUCCCUCAGCGUUUGAAUUCAAUGAGCUCUUCUUGAUUACCAUCUUGGAUCAUCUUUACAGUUGCCUCUUUGGGACUUUUUUGUGCAACUGUGAACAGCAACGGUUAAAAGAGGGUGUGAACACGAAAACUAUAUCUCUGUGGUCUUAUAUCAACAGCCAACUGGAUGAAUUUUCAAAUCCCUUCUAUGUGAAUUAUGAAAACCACGUUUUAUAUCCUGUUGCUAGUCUGAAUCAUUUGGAAUUGUGGGUAAACUAUUACGUCCGUUGGAAUCCUCGAAUGAGACCUCAGUUAUUAUCUAAUCCAAGCCCUCUCUUCCUAUGUAAGUGGUAUGGAACCUAUUCAUCCAUUACUAGGUACCGCACUUGAACCUGGAUCGUCUUGCUUUGUAUGAUGCCGUCUAUUAGAGAAAAUGAAAGUGCUGAAAAUACAUAAAGCAUUUGAGUAUUUCGGGUAUGCACAUCUGUAUACUAAGGACAGGAUAAAAAGAAACUAUCUGAAAUGUUUUGACAGGUCUGUAUAAAUAAUUUGUGAAUUUGGCAGGACAUUUGUGAUUCACAAACCAAGUACUUGCCUUUCACCUAUAUUGAAAGCUGUUUCUUCCCUUAGAUACUUAAAAUUUGCCCCAGGGUAAGAGAUAAAUUAAAUAAUGGUGAACUUGGGCAUUACCACCCUGGCAAGUGUAGCCAUCCCAGUAUGCCAGCCUCUGGCUAUUUGACUACUGCUGAUCUGGAAUCCUGAUAUCCUUCUACAAUCCAUUCUCACACCAAGACACAUGUUCUGUUUUUGUUUUUGUUUUUGUUUUUGUUUUUUGUCUCCUUUAUUUUUGUACUUGAUGGGGAAUGAGAUGAUCACAGAUUGACUUUCUAUUACCAUUGCCUUUGUAAACAAGCUAAUUUCUUCACACACAUCUUUCCCUUUUUUGGCCUUGGGCUUCCAAGAUAUGGAAGAUAUCUGUAUCUUUUCGUCUCCGUUAGUCAAUCAUUUUAGUCAUAUCUGACUCUUCGUCAUCCCCUUUGGAGUUUUCUUGGCAUUUCCUUCUCCAGCUCAUUAUACAGAUGAGGAAACCAAGGCAAACGAGGUAAAGGGACUUGUCCAGGGUCACAUGGCUAGUAUGUUGAUUUUCAUCAAUGUGAAUAUGCCUUCAGAGGUAUGGCUUAUAACCUAACCAUGCCUUUUUCUUUUGUUUAGCUCUUGCCCAUAUCUUCUUUUAAAUCCUCUACGAGGGAUCCAUGAAACAUGCUAGGCAUUGCCCUUUCAAUCCUUUUACAUUAUUCAGAUACCAGUGAGAUAUAUAGGCAGUUGAUUAUCCCUCACUCUCGUUACGUUACUAUUUCCUUUUCGUAUAAUUCUUGUCUUUUGAUAUCUUUGAUGGAACUUUUCGCAUGUAAUUCGUUGUUGGUAAUGUGUUGCAAUUGAAUUACUCUCACCACAUCCCACUCUAUCACCCUUUUGGGUGAUCCACAAUUUUCAUUUUUUUAAAUCUGCGUUAUGCUCUUAUUGGUGGACCUGUAGCAUUUCCAUAGGCAUAUUGCUGUUUAAAGAUGAGUACUUCUUUCAUGGAGAAUCUUGGGGUUAUUGUCGAGUUACCCGAGUGAAAUCCUGCCGAUUCUCUUUCUUCCUCUUCAUGUCUGGAUCUGCGUAAUGAAUCCUCUGUGGUGUUUGUCCAAGAUCUAUGAAGGGUAAGACUAGCACCAAGAGUUGAUACAAUUGCAUAUCAGAGCUGGGACCCGGGAAUUCUUCAUUUUUCCUUUACAUCUAGGUCAGAUUCUUGUGAGUGAUUAGGAAUUUCAUUUGAAAGGCUCUAAAAUGUUCUGUGGCUUGUUUCAAGCAGCACGAUUAUGACCCUCAAACAAGCUACCUUACUGUCGGUGGGAAUGCGUCUGCCGUUUGGACUUUGUUCGGCUUCCUCCCCGACAGCUGCAAAUAUCUGAGUUUAUUUCUAAUUGUUUUCUGCUUCACUUUAUAUUACUAAUCAGAGGUUCAUCAAAGUUAACUCUUGAAUCCAACUAGGAAACUAUAGUUCUCUUACCAUAUACAUGAGAGACACUUUGUUAGUGGAGAAUGACUGCAUUUUGAUCUACUGAGUCAAAUGCUUUUUUUAAAAAGUUAAAAACAAUAGGAGUAGAUAUGCGAUGUCUUCUCUUUCAAUCAAUUGUGUGACUGCAAAGAUAUGGUUUACUGGAGGGUAGAGUGUUGUACAUGAAAUUCUUCCUAUUCUCUUAUAUUUUCUUCAAUAAUGUUCUCUAUAUGGGGUAAAUGAUUCUGAACUCGUAGUUCAGGAGACGUAUGAAUUGAGAGGUGCUGAUUUCCCCAUUGAUUUUUUUUAUUAUUUUAUUUUUUUGGUAAUAACAUCUGUGAUAUUUUCAGAUGGCUUCUAGUCUCUUCCCCUACUUUCAGAUAACUUGAAAAUCAGGUUUUCACCGUGCUCCAAACUACUGCUUUUUUACCACAGAUUUUCUUUGUGGAUAUUAGGUACAGUUCAGAUACUCUUACUCUCUUAACUUUAGUGGCACCUAUACUUCUUGUAUAGUGCCUUGAGAAGUAUGUGGCAUAGCGGGUAAAGUGCUGUGUUCAAAAUUAAGACCCAAAUUCUAGUCUUGCCUCUUGACACAUGAUGGCUGUGAGGCCCUGAAAAAAGUCUUUUGGCUUCUCAGUGCCUCAGGCAAAUCUCGAGGCAGAGCUGCACUCCUAUUUAAGCUUGCUACCCUAUUAGAGUCAUAGAUUCAGUCAAGACACCAUAGCAUGUUGUAGUCUAUUAGACUCCAGUUGUGUUGGUGGCAAUGUCAUUGAUGCAGAAACAACUAGAGUGAGCAGGACAGCUCUCUUCCCCUUUUUACCUGUUGUCCUCCACAUUUGACCUCAAUGUUCUUGGGACAAUCUAGCUUAAUUGGGCCUCGUACCAAUAUUUCUGUCAUCGUUUAAAAAGGCAAUACUGUUUAAAAAAAAGCUUUUCCUAGCCUCCUACAUCGGAAUUUGAAAAUAAGUUUAUAUUCUAAGCCAAUGAAGCCUCUGCUGCCAGAUCUGUCAUUUCCCAAUCAUUUUUUUAGCCAAGAUGCUGGAAUAAUUUGCCAUUUCCUUCUCCAGCUCAUUUUACAGAUGAGGAAACUGAGACAAACAGGGUGAAGGGACUUGCCCAGGGUCACACAGCUAGGAAGUAUCUGAGACCAGAUUUGAACUCUGAUCUUCCUGACUCCAGGCCCAAUGCUCUACCCAUUGUGCCACCUAACUACCAUAUUAGGACAUAUAGCAAAAAUUAAAUGUUGGCUGGUACAGAGGCCCUUUUUUUUUUUUUUUUUUAAACUCUUUACUGGUUAAGCUUUGUUAAGAAAUGAUUAUGGUCCCAUCAGCUCCUUUAUUGAUUUUCCAUUUUAUAACACAAAUGUUAAAAUAAAACAUUUUAUAACGUGAAGUUCUUACCUUUGGUCAAAAUAAUUGGGCAGCAUUUUUUCCUUCUUUUUUCCCCUUCUUCUUUGAUCCAAAUUUUAAUUUCUAUCAUCUCCCAAAUCAGUAGUCCUUACUCCAUGUAGCUGAUUCUGAAAGAACUCAUGUCCAUGUUGAUAACCAGUAGCGUCCUGUCAAGAUGUUGACUGUUUUCAGAGGGAUUUUAUUCAUUGUUCAAAAUGUCCAAAAAUAUUCACCACGUGUAGAUUGGUUGUCUACAAGCCUUUUGUUUCCCAAAUUGCUUAAACCUGCUCCAUAUUUUUCAUGAUAACCCCCUGUGCCCUCCUUUGUGCUGAAGUCACUGAGUAUCAAAGUAUAUGUUGAGUAAUAAUUGGGAGGUUCUUACUGAAUUCUUCAGAUUGCUCUACUUUUUCAUCCUCUAACAGAGAUUAGUUAAAAAGUCUAAUUAUCUUCAUGGUGGUCUUUAAGAUGACAGAGUCCUGUGAAAUGUUUGUUGUUGCUUUUUUGUACUUGAUAACAUGAACUCUAUCAACUUUCAUUUGUGUCUGUGCAACAACCUGUUUAUAUCUUCUGAUUUAGUUUAUGUUGUCCCUUUUGAUAUUUCAAUUCCUACAGUAUGAUGCUAUUUCCUUGGUCACUGAACAAGGAUUUCACAUUGAGUACCAACAUAGCCAAGUUAAUGUCUAUAAAUGGUUUGAAAGCUGUAUGAUUUUUAAUACCUUUUUUUGCGAAAUAUUACUGCAGAAGGAAGCCUCACAAGGACUAAGGAGCGUUUUGUUUUUCUUUAUUUUGUACUCAUAUUGCCAGCCCUACCAAUGAAGUCACUUGAACGUGUUAUAGCGGAGAUUGAUUUGGAGAUGUGGGUUCGAUUAGAUGGUUAUGGAACUCCUUUAUAACUAAGGAAUUCUUUGAAAUCAAAUGAUAUUUAUAUCCCUAGUGCUUGUACAUUGAGACACAUAAUAGAUGUGUUGGAAAUGAUUUUUUUUGGCAUAAGUUUAAUUUUAGAGCAUUUGAAAGCACAUCAUACUAUUUCCACUCCUACCUUUUUGCUUAUGUCUUUAUUCUUACCCGUUCCAUUUUCUACAUUGUGUAGAAUUGUUUUGAUUUUAGGUCACGGGAGUAAAAGUUGACUGUAAGUACCCUCUUCCUCAGCUUAGUUCUUAGGUUUGGUUUAUAUGUUAGGUUUAUAGAGAUGUCAAUUAACCUUACCGUUAGCUAAUUCCAUACUUGAACCAUAAAGUGUACAACUUCAUUUCCUGCCUUUCUAGUUUUGGUGAUGAAAAUGGUCACAUGCUUCUAGGUUAGGUACCUUUUAGUGCUUUAGAGGAAAGGUACUGUAUAAAAGGGAAUGAAGAUGAGAGUCUUACAGGGUAUCCUAUGAAUAAGUCUUAGAGCAUGUAUAAGCAGCAAACUGCACUAAGACUGGGGGCCACUAUGUAUAGUGCUAGAGUAGGGAGCUUGCAAGGUACCCGGCAUUUAUUAAAUGCCUAUUGUGUGCCGGACACUGUACUAAGUCAAAAAAGAAAGACAUAAAGAUGUGUGUGCAAAUAAUUAUAAGGUACUAUGUGGUAAGUACCAGAAUGCUAAUACGGUGCUCUAUGGAUUCAAAGAGCCUGCUAGGUGACACGGCAGUGGACAGAGGGCUGGGUGUGGAGUCAGGAAGGCUAGAAUUCUAAUCCAGCCUCAGACACUUCCUAGCUAUCUGACCUUGGGCAGGUCACUUAAUCCCCUUUUUAUAUCAGUUUCCUCGUGUACACGAUGAUCUGGAGAAGAAAAUGGCAAAGCGCUCUAUGAUCUCUUCUAAGAAAACCCCAAAUGGAGUCAGUUGGCCACAAGUGAAACCACCAAACAGGGAAGCAUUCGUAGAAGCAUAAGAUCCAGAGUAAAGUAGUAACUUGGCUUGAGUUCUCCUUUCCUUUUCCUUUUAAGUCAUUAUUACGUUUUUCAUAAGCUCCUUAACUUUCCCAGUGAUGUUUAUUUAGCCAAUAUCUCUUCCACUGAUUGAGGAUGGAAUUUGAAACUUAGUUUCUGAAACUGUAUUUGAAUUAUAGUAGAUUCUGUAAAGGAGCUACAGUGAAAAGCAUCGCCUUUGUGAGUCACAGGAAGCAACCUGAUUGAACUAUUUAUGUAAUCUAAAUCAAGUGGUAAAUUCAAAAUAUUACUCCUUUGUGGUCUCUAGUUUUUAUUGGAAAAACAGAUCUCCAUAUGGAAAGGGAUUAUACUUGUUCUUUUGGGCCCCCAGAGAAGAGAAGUAGGAACAGUGGGUGGGAGUCACAAAGAGGUAGAUGUUGUCAUGGGAGAAGGAAAGUUUGCUAACAAUUACAGCUCUCUAGAAGUGGAAUUGGGGGCGGGGGGGAGUCUUUGGGGACAAAGAGUGAAUGUUAGGAUUCUUACAAGGUACUAAAGGUCAGCGGAAUCGAUAGAGACGAUAGUUAUCUAAUUUAGCAUGGUUCAGUAUGACUGAUUUAAUCCUACCAGGAGAUGUUUUGGGCGGAACUUGAAACAAGGUGCUAAGUCAGUUAUCUAAUUUUAGCAUGGUACUUAACAGUUCUCUAGUUCAGUAAUGUACUUAGUACUUAGUAGAGUUCCACAAGAUUCAUACCUUGACAAGCUCAACCAAGAAGAGAACUAAGGAAGACAGAGAAGUGGUGGCAGGCUGUCCUGUGGACAACACUGAAACCAAGAUCCGGAAGGCCUCCAGAAAAACUAGCCGAGCCCCAAGUGAAGGAGACAAGACUUUGAAGGACACAAUAAAGGAUUUGGAUUUUUAACUCCUGGGUGCAUUUGGGGUGAUUAUACCGAACUGAAACGAAGGCUGCUCCCAGAGAAAAUUACAUUCUAGAGAAGAAUAUUAACAAGUGAGGAAGUGGUAGAAUUCCCCUCAUGAGAAGUCUUCCAGCAAAUGUUGGAUGACAAUUUGUGACUGAGGAUUCUCAGUCAGGAGUCAGUUAGACUAUGAAAUUCUGAUACAUAGCAAUGCACUGUCUUUUGCAUAGCUUGUUUAAGUGUUAAGUCUCAAAGUUUUCUUUUUUCUUUUGGAAUAUUUCUGAUAGCCGUACAGUUGUAUGAAAUUUUUCAUAUAAACUAUUCUCUCUGUCAUGAGUGUUACCAGCAUUAAGCAUAUAUGUCUUUGUAUGAGUGUGUGUAUAUUCAUGUAUCUUUUUUUAACUCAUGAGAAUGUAUGGCGUAGUCCCUGCCUCAGAGCCAGGAAGACCCGAGUUCAAGUCCCAUCCCUACCACAUAGUGGUUACGAUACUCUGUGCAAGUCACUUAACCUGUCAAUGUUCUAGGCAGCAAGGAGUUUCCCACACCAGUAAAAUCAUAGGUCCCUUAGUGUGUUUAAGUGGCUCUGUAGAUAGGGUCGCAUUCCCUUGAGAUCCUCCUCCCUAAUUGCAGAAAGUAUGGUUGUCGUCUGUACGCAAAGAGGACCAAAAAUGACAUGGCUGUGUUCUAGUUGAGUUAGUGUGUCUGUGGCUGAUCAGCCCAGUUGGAACUGGGGUCGCUCUGCACGGGUCCGACACAAAUAGUGCCUGUGAACAUUUGGGGUGGAUUCUCUAACUUUGUACAUCUCAUGUUUUUUUCGGGACUACUUCAAUUCUGCUUUGCUCAUAGAGCAUGGUACCUUCUCUGAUGAGGGCACGCCAUGCUGGUCGGUCCUGUGCCUGUGUCUUCCACAUCUCACAAUCAAUUCGGAAAUUCUUGAGAGUGUCCUUGUAUUGCUUUUUCUGACCACCUUGUGAGUGCUUGCCCUGUCUGAGUUCUCCAUAAAAUAAUGUUUUCAGCAGGCGUACAGUUGGCAUUCGAAUGAUGUGGCCAGCCCCACGGAGCUGCGUUCUCUGCCGUAGACUUGGAACGCUGGGAGGUUUAGUUCGAGAAAGGACCAGCAUCUGGUAUCUUAUCUUGCCAGAGGAGCUUCAGAAUCUUCCUAAGACGAUUCAAAUGGAAGCGAUUCAGUUUCCUUGCAUGGCACUGGCAUACUGUCCAGCUGAUAAUAAAAGCUAUUCGAAUGGCCAGGGAGAAUAUUAGCAGAAUCUACAUGAAUUUCUAAAAGUUUUCUUUCUUUUUGUAUAUUUACAUAUAUGCCAAGUUAAGUCAAUGAGAUGUGUGAAUAUACAUCAUCAGAAGAGUUUCUUUUAGAAACCUGAACAAAAUUGUGCUAAGCUUUUAUACUGAAGAAAACUGAAAACUGCAUGUUUACACUUAACCAUUUGUCGUGCUGGUUCGUACCUUUAUUACUAUCUGAUCUUUGCUUGAGAAGCUUUAGUAUGGAGUAAAUCUACUACCUCUGGGGAAGUUUUCCUGACCUCAUUUUCUUUUUUGCUAUAUAAAUAAGAGUAAUGCUCUUGUGAGAGUAGGUAACUAGAGUAUAGUAGAGUAUUUGUCAGUUAAGUGUCUAGAUUAAUUUGUCUAAAACCAUGCUAUUUUUCCUAGAAAAGAUGGAGAUUGAUAAUAGGAUAGUGUCCUUAUAUUUGAGACUGACUACCCAGAUCCAAGGAAUAGUCAUUAAUUCUUUCAUGGCAGUUUGAACACAAGCUUCCAGUGGAGUACCUUAGAGAUCUUGGCUUGGCCCUGUGCUGUAGAACAUUAUUGUUAAGGUAUCACUUAGCAAAUAUGCAGGUGACGAAUCUGGGAAGGAUAGCUAACAUUACAUAACAAAAUGUCAGAAUUCAAAAAGACUUUGGGUUAGAACAUUGUGCUAAAAUCUCUUUUACUAGCCCCUUACUUAGUCUGAAUCAGAAAAGAGAAGCUGAGAGUUGAACAGGUUUGCCUCCUCUUGAGACCUGGUCCAUUGUCACGGCCUGCAUCAUCCCAAGCAGGUUAUGUUCACUCUUGUCAUGGGAUGGGACCGUACUCUUAUAUUCAUCAUCCAUCGUCUCUUGUUACUUCUGUUGCCUUGAUAUGUCUUGUCCAGUUUCCUAUUUAUCCCCGAAGCUCCCUGUGCAUCUCUAUAGGUCUCUUUCGAUGACUCCUUAUCUUUCUCUUCAGAAUCUUUUCUAAGAAUAACAUUUAUCUUAAGGGCUUCCUCUCCUGAUUUCCCUUGUAAAAUUUUAGGUCAUGGCUGAGUUCAUGGCAGGCUAGGUCUUCCUUUUCUUUCCUUCUCUUUUGUCACAUAUUUUAACAGGGAGUGUUCCUUCCCACUCAGUUCCCAUUCUUUCCUCACCAGUAACCAGUUGGUGAGAAUCAGAUCCAGAUUAGACGGUCUUUUCAUUGGUUUCUUCAACUUUUGAAGGAACAAAUGUUCAAACUUAAUCUAAUUUAAUGUUUAGCUAUUGAAGCUUUUUUUUUUGCUGUCACUAUUCCAUAUCUGCUAAUGUGCUGACCAUAUUAUUUAACUGUAUAAAAUGAAACUAAGAUUGUCAGUAAAAAUUUUAAUUCUAAAACAUAAGUAGAUAUCAGUUUGAAGCAUACACUUGAUUUUUAUCACGUGUUGGUGAAUUUACCAUGCUUACCAAGAUAAAUUUUUAAUUCUUCGCCUUGAUUUUUUAAAAGCUGUUUUGUUUUCCUUUAAAUACCUAUAAAUUAUAUUAUUGUGCAUUUGCUGUCAAGAGAUGCAGAAAUAAGGGGAAAAGAAAAGUUAUCACAAAAUGUGCUUUCUGCUGUUAUGGUUUCCAUUAUGAUGGCUCUCUAAUGUUUUGAUUCUUUUCAAAAGAGAGGUUUUUUUUUUCUUUUCUGCUUUUGUUUUCUCAUCCUUUUGUGUUAUUCUUACACACGAGCAUUGUAAACUUAGGGAGGUAAAGAAUUAGCUGUGCUGCAUGUGUUGACGUAUAUAAAGAAGCCAUUCUCUAAUAAAGAAUUUGGCCUCAGAAAGUCAUCGUGUUAUUACAACAACAUGAGGUCAGGAUCCAGGUGAUGAUGUUAAAUAAAGUUCUUCCGAUGUCUAAUAAACCUGUUUCUAUCGACU